AUGAAGAGUGGCAAAAAGUUCAGUGGAAUGUCAGAAGUGCCAGGAGGACUGCUCCUUCGCACGUCUGAAACCAGCUACCUGAAUGAAGCCUUUUCCUUCUACUCUGCUAUUUGCCAGAGGUCUUACUACACCCAAGUCAACAAAGAAGACAGGCCUGAAUUGGUAGUUAAGAAGCUGCAUUAUUAUGCAAGAUUCAUUGUGGUUUGCCUUUUACUGAACAAAAUGGAUGUCAUCAAGGAUCUUGUAAAGGAAUUGUCAGAUGAGAUUGAAGACUACACCCACCACUUCAGCAUGCACGACCAAGUGGAGUGGAAUCUGGUUCUCCAAGAGGUGGCUGCAUUUGUCGAGUGA